UCUUCUUCCAUGGCCGUUCAAUCAGUAGCUUCUGCCUCUUCUUCAUCCUCUUCAUCUCCUUCCAUCUGUCCAUGGAAUCAUGAUGUAUUCUUGAGCUUUAGGGGUGAAGAUGUUCGCCAUAACUUUAUUUCUCAUUUAUACCAAGCUUUGUAUCAAAGAGGAAUCAAUACUUACAUAGACAACAAUCUUGAAAGAGGGGAGGAGAUUUCACCGGCACUUUUCAAAGCUAUUGAAGGGUCAAUGAUUUCUAUCAUUAUACUCUCUAAAAACUAUGCUGAAUCUAGAUGGUGUUUAGAUGAGCUAUUGAAGAUUCUUGAUUGCAAGGAAACAAUGAAGCAAAUUGUUCUACCAAUUUUUUACGACAUAGAUCCAUCGGAGGUACGGCAUCAAAAAGGGAUUUUUGGAGAAUCGUUUGAUAAACUUGGAGAUAAGUUCAAGGAUAAUGCAAAGAUGCUGGAAUGGAAGGUAGCUUUGAAAAGAGUAGCCGAUUUGUCUGGUUUCCCAUUAGCGUACUUUCGGAAUGAGUCAGAAUUUAUCCAGGAAAUCGUUCAGUGGGUGGACUUGAGAAUGGUAAAUCAAACACCUCUAAGCGUUGCCAAGUAUCCAAUUGGGAUAGAGUCUCGUAUACGACAUAUUUAUCAGCAUUUAAGUAUUGGAAAGAAUGAUAUUAUACACAUUGUAGGGAUAUUUGGGACCGGUGGAAUUGGGAAGUCAACUAUUUCAAAAGAUAUCUACAAUCGGGUUUCUUCUCAAUUUGAAGGAAGUUGUUUCUUGAAAGACGUUAGAGAAACUUCAAAACAAGCAGGAGGUCUAAUUAAGCUGCAAAAUACCCUUCUUAACGAUAUUUUAGGAACAAGUUUUGAUGUUCAUGAUAUUGACAUAGGCAUCAAUGUGAUUAGACAUAGACUUUGCUCUAAAAGAGUUCUACUAAUUCUUGAUGAUGUGGAUGAAUUGGUCCAAAUAGAAAAGUUAGCUGGAGGUCGUGAUUGGUUUGGCUCAGGAAGUAGAAUCAUCAUAACGACAAGAGAUCAACGUUUACUCGAUAAUUCCAAAGUUGAUUCAAAGCACGAGGUGAUGGUUUUGGAUGACAAUGAAGCUCUUCAACUCUUUAGCUUGCAUGCUUUUGAGGAAAAAGAACCACUGAAGGAUUAUAUGGACCUAUCUAAACAAGUAACAAAAUAUGCUCAAGGUCUUCCACUAGCUUUAACAGUGUUAGGAUCAGAUCUGAAAGGCCAAAGUAUACAUCAAUGGAAAAGUGCAUUGGAUAAAUAUAAAAACAUUCCCAACAAUAAUAUUCAAAAAGUACUCUUAGUGAGUUAUGAAGGUCUGAAUGAUACUGAGAGGGAAAUAUUCCUUGAUAUUGCGUUUUUCUUCAAAGGAGAACUCUUGGCUAAUGUCAUGAAAAUAUUUGAUUGUUGUGGUUUUUUUCCAGCUCAUGGAAUCAAGAGGCUUACAGACAAGUGUCUUAUUAGUAUUGAAGGGCGUAAUGAAUAUGUUCGGAUGCAUGACUUGCUACAAGAUAUGGGACGAGAAAUUGUUCGACUAGAAUCACCCAAAGAACCUAGUAAACGUAGUAGACUGUGGUUUCACGAGGAUAUCCGUGAAGUGUUGGAAGAAAGUACGGGGCCAAACAAAAUUGAAGGGAUAGUAGUAGAUUUACCUGAAGGCGAUGAGGAGUUAAGCUUGCAUCCGAAAGCAUUUCGACAUAUGAAAAGACUUAGAGUCUUUAUAAGUCAUAAUGCACGUUUUUCUUGUGGACCCAGUUAUCUCUCCGACAAGUUAAGAGUCAUUGAUUGGUCUAAAUAUCCUUUACACUCUUUGCCGCAUAAUUUCCAAGGAAAGAAACUCAUUAUUUUGAGAAUGCAUGAUAGCUUGGUAAAGGAGUUGGGGGAUGGAUUCAGGCCCAAGAAUUUGACGACUAUGAGAUUCAAAGAUUGUAAAUUCUUAAAAAUGAUUCCGGAUCUUUCAAGUAUCUCAAAUUUGAAGGAAUUGAUUGUCAUAGAUUGUACAAGAUUAGUUCAGGUGCAUGAUUCUGUUGGAUCUUUGGAAAAUCUUUCUCAAUUGAGUUUUAAAGGAUGCUCUAAACUCCAAAUCCUUCCAAGAAGCUUCAAGUUGAGAUCUUUAUGGAGGCUUAUUCUUAAUGAUUGCUCAAGCCUUCGUUAUCUUCCUGAAAUCGAGUGUAAAAUGCAAUCUUUAAUUAUGUUGAAUCUGAAUUGCACCGCAAUAGAAGAACUACCUUUAUCCAUUGGGAACCUCGUAGGACUCAAGCAUUUAUAUUUAAGUGGCUGCAAAAACCUUAUGCGUCUCCCAAUUGCUUGCAUUUGGUUGCAACAUUUAAGGCUGCUCCAGAUUGGUGGUAAUUGUCCAAAUCUUGUAAAGAAGAUGAGGGAUGAUGGGCUAUCCCUUCUGGCUCUUGAGUCUACAAAAAUGGAAGAUGAGAUAUCAUUACGUGAAGAACGACUCCUUGAAUUGGCGCCUCCAACGAAUUCAAGCAAUAGGAGCACUGCAUUACAAUUGUUGAAUCUUCAAAGUUGUUUCCAAUCAGCAACAAAUUUCUUUCCAAUAUCUAGUUUAUUUACCAUGUUUAACUCCUCUGCCAAUUUGGUUGAUUUAGAUCUAUCGAAGACUGAAAUUGUUAGCCUUCCCACGAGCAUCAAAGAAUUCGUUACACUAGCUCGUCUUUUCUUGUGUGAUUGCGAGAAACUUGAAGGAAUACCAGAGCUUCCACCAAAUAUAAGACAAGUGAAUGUUACGGGAUGCAAGUCAUUAGAUAGAUUUGGAGAAGUAUCAAAAAUAUUGGAAUUCAAUGGAAGCCACAUCAGAUCGCUAGGAGAAAUUUUUUUGAACGGUUGCGAGAAAAUGCAUGUGAAUAUAUGGAAUGAUAAAGUGCAAAAUCCAUUAUUGUGGAAGGGAGUCUAUGAAUAUGAUGCUACUUUGUUUCCAAAAAAGCAGAUUCCAAAGUGGUUGAGUUAUAUUCAUGAGUUUUUAAAAGAUAAUAAAAUGGUGAAGGGGCCUGAUGAUUAUGUCAGACUAAGGGGAGAAGAAGAGUGGGCAAUAGAUAUCGAGGGGCCGCACUAUUUGGAGGAGAUAAACGGAAUUGUAUUAUAUCUCGUAAUAUUUUCUAAAGAUGCUUUGGGCUGGUACAGAAAUAUUGGUGAUGUUAAGAUAACCAGUAACAGCUCAAAUCAUGUAUGCUGUAUUCUAGAAGGGGUACAAUUGGUUAAUAUGGAUUACUACAAAAAGAAAAAUAAGACUCAAUAUGCUAUAUGGGUAGGGUACUCCAAUUUGCAAUCUUUUGAACUAAAGGUUUUGGACAAUUUGCGAGUUCAGUUUGAUCUCCAUCAUCGUUUCCAUCGGAUGGUGCGGUUUUAUAAAAGUUGCAGAGCCAAAGUGGUAUACAAGAAUGAAAGAAGAGCAAAUAAAAAAAGAAAAAUGGAUGAACAUUGGAGCCUUACCACCCACUAUUGAUGCUACAAUGACACU